UCGCCCCGCCGGUGCACGCGUGGUUUAAAUGGGUGUGGCUCCUCUUGUAGUGGUCGCGCGGUGAGCACAUCACGCUGAAACAUGAAUUGAAUCGGAAGAGGAAAAACCCGAAAUUCAGGUGACAUGGACGCGUAGCGCUGAGUUCAGUAGGUUUCCGAGGUUGACGUCUCCGCGGCAGAUUCACUGGAGCUCAGUCAACCAAAACAAAGGAAACGAUGGGGCUCCUGCAGCUGCUGAAAUCCCAGUUCCUGUGCCUCCUGAUCAUGUGCUACGUUUUCCUGGUGAGCGGCCUUGUGGUCAACCUGUUGCAGCUCUGCACUUUACCUCUGUGGCUGAUCGAUAAGCAGCUGGCCCGUAGGAUCAACAUCCGACUGGCCUACUGCAUCUCCAGUCAGCUGGUAGCAGCUCUGGAGUGGUGGUCUGGGACAGAAUGCACGCUCUACACUGACCCAAAAAGCUACCCGCUCUAUGGGAACGAGAAUGCUAUUGUGGUUCUUAACCACAGUUUUGAGAUUGACUUUCUGUGUGGAUGGACCUUCUGUGAACGAUUUGGAGUUCUUGGGAGCUCCAAAGUUUUGGCCAAAAAGGAGCUGGCUUAUAUGCCUGUGAUUGGCUGGAUGUGGUAUUUCCUGGAGAUAGUUUUUUGCAAAAGGAAGUGGGAAGAGGACCGAACAACGGUGACUCAGAGCCUUCAAAAACUUCAUGAUUACCCUGAAAGGUUUUGGUUCCUGCUUUUUUGUGAAGGAACACGCUUCACUCCGAAGAAGCACCAGAUCAGCAUGCAAGUGGCUGAGAGCAAAGGUCUGCCAAAACUGAAGCACCAUCUUCUGCCCAGAACCAAAGGAUUCUGGGUAACCGUCCAAAACCUCCGAGGCACCGCUGCUGCUGUUUAUGAUUCAACGCUAAACUUCAGGAACAACGAAGCACCCACCCUGCUUGGAGUUCUCACCGGGAAGAAAUACCAUGCUGAUUUGUAUGUUAGGAGAAUUCCUCUAGAGUCAAUUCCAGAAGAUGAGGCCGAGUGCUCUGCUUGGCUGCACAAACUUUACCAGGAAAAGGACAGCUUUCAGGAACACUACUCGCAGACGGGACGGUUCCCCGGCCCCGUGAUAACUCCUCCACGUCGACCGUGGUCCCUCAUCAACUGGAUCUUCUGGUGCUGUGUGAUGCUGUACCCUCUGGGUCUCCUCCUUGUGCGGCUCGUCAGCUCUGGAUCACUGUUCACCAUCGUUUCAACCGUGGCCGUGUGCUCUGCAGUUUCUGUUGGAAUACGCUGGAUGAUUGGCCAGACUGAGAUUAACAGAAGCUCAAAUUACGGGAUCAAGGAGUCUCCACUAAACAACAACUAAGCAGUUCUGGAUUUCAGAGACGCUUCUUUGCAGAGCCACUAAUCUUGAUGCUGCCAGCUGAAUUUAUGUUUGUCUAAAUUUAAAAAAAGCUCAUCUGGCUUGAGUGCAGAGAAGGCUGCGGUACCUCAACGCUGCGCUGCAGAAGCUGAAAUGUAAGAUCGAGAUGCAAAAGUGUCACAAGGUCUUCCAGACGUGACAUUGUCCUCUGAUCUGAGGGAAUAUUUCAGCAGAUACGCAGGGAGCUUCUUCACUGCCGAAAGAAAAUUUUGGAUUUAAGCAAGUGAAAGAUGAACUACAUGUUUGAUUGAAAUGUAAAGCACUGAUGGGAUUUAUACAAUGAAAGAUAAUAAAUGUUUCACCAGGGAAAACGAUGUAUGAAUCGUGAUU